AUGGAAAAGAUUUGUAAAGCUUUAGGAUGUUCUAGUGUUCGGUCAGUUGAGCUAGCUGCCUUCCAAUUAGAGGAUGUGGCGCAGGAGUGGUAUAACUCUUUGUGUAGAGGCAGACCGAUGGAUGCAGCACCGUUGGCUUGGAGUGAGUUCAGUACAACUUUUUUGGAUCGAUUUCUAUCACUUAGUGUUCGUAAUGCUAGAGCUAGAAAGUUCGAGACUUUAGUACAGACUUCGAGUAUGACGGUGUCCGAUUAUGACAUCAAGUUCACGCAGCUGGCUCGCUAUGCACCCUAUCUCGUUUCUAUUGAGGAGAUGAAGAUUCAGAGGUUUAUGGAUGGGCUAGUGGAGCCAUUAUUUAGGGCUGUGGCAUCCCGAGAUUUUACUACCUAUUCUACAGUAGUGGAUUGUACUCAACGCAUUAAGAUGAGGACCAGUGAGAGUAGGGCUGCGAGAGAUAGAGCAAAAAGGACCAAAACAGAGGGUUAUCAAGGCCGUAGAAAUUUUAGCGGUGGGAGAACUUUCAAUUCUAGGAGGCAACAAGAUUCUAGACGAAGUAGUCAAGUCACCCACCUUUGUGAUACUUGUGGGAGACGACAUAAUGGACGAUGCUUCCUUACUACAAGAACUUGUUUUGAGUGCGAUCAACCUGGGCAUAUUAGGAGGGAUUGUCAGAUGGCACAUCAAUCACCAGAUUCUACUCGUGGUUCUACCCAACCAAUUUCAUUUGCUUCUUUUGUUGCUGCUCCAUCGGGUCGAGUGGCUAGUGGAUCAAGGGGUAGAGGUGCUGGUACUUCUUUUCAAGGUAGCCCAUCUAGGUCCGAAAGUCAGAGUUCUACCGGUAGGGGCCAAGCAAAGGUGUUUGCUUUAACACAACAAUAG